AUGUCAGAAACAUGGGAAGCACUCCGAAAAAAGGCGCGAAGCACAGAGAAUUCGAUUGAUGUGAAAUUGGUUUCACUCAAUAAACUCACUGCAAGCUCACAUGGUGGAUUCGAUAUUGACGAGAAGACAGUAUCCUCAAGACAGACCAGCUUCCGAACCGUUACCACUGAAAUCGAGGGACUCAUCGAGCAAUUGACUAAUAUUAAUGAUGAUAUGAAUGACGUGGCGGGUGCUCAAUCCUCUGCCUCAUGGGCGAACAACCCGGCAAUCCAGCACACUCUCCGUCGUCACCGAGAAAUUCUUCGGGAUUACGGUAGUGAGUACCGUCGUGCCAGAGAUAAUGUCGAUCAGGUUUUGCAGAGAGAGCUCCUAUUGAGCAGUUCGAAUGAAUCCUCGAGAAAUCCGGCGGUGAAUAAUAGAGCAAGAGGAUAUGAUAUGUAUUUGAAGGAAAAUGACCACAUAAACGCUUGCGAUCGAUUACUUGAUGAACAAAUCGAAAUGGCGAUGUCGACGAAAGAGAACGUGGCGAGACAGGGAAUCAAUUUGCGUGGAAUCUCGAAUCGUCUUCAUUAUAUUGCAAAAAAAUACCCGGCAAUCAACAAUUUGAUGCAAAAAAUCAAGACGAAAAAGCAGAAGAAUACGAUGAUUUUGGCCGGUGUCAUCUCUGCAUGCCUCAUUUUUACAAUCUUUUGGAUUAUUAACUGA